AUGGCGUUGAGUUUCAAUCACUGUGGUCCCAGAACUGACCGACAGCUGAAGCUGUUCGUUAAAACCGAGGAACGGCGGCGUCCCUGAUCAUUCAUAACGGCAAGAGGGAGAACUUGAGAAUCAAGCCGACAAAUCCAACAGGAAGCGGAAUUAAAGCAAUGUUCAUUCGUAGGGACUAGAAGUGCGCUUGGAUAUCGCAUUCUCUCUUCAGCGUCUUUGUGUUCUCACUGGUAUCACUGUAUGCUCCACUAAUAACACACUGUUGGCAAUACUGAAAUUUAUAUCGGCGAGUGAGUUCCUUAUCCAUUCUGCGUCCCUUUCCCAAUGAACCCAGCGCACUUGGAGACGGGCGGCAGGCUAAGCAUGGGAUUACUUUUGUGAUGUGGAUUGUAAUAGCCUUGGAAGAAAAAAUUGAUCUACUUCUCAACAAUGUGAGAGGACCUGCGUCCUGGAUUCUCAUAUUUCUGGAUAUUCUGAAAAUAAUCGGCAACAGCUGAGAGACGUUGUAACAGUUUCCGUGGAUCUCACGGUCUCUCAGGUGUCUGCAUGUGUGUUGUGGGACCAACAUGGGUUUCUUGUUGCACCUAUAGGUCGGACCCCGUGUGAAGAAGCCUCUACUCAUGUCUAACUUGCUUUCUGAGACCUUUACCGAUGCGUUUGCUAAAGUCCGCCUAUCAUCGGAUAGGGUUUUAAAAAGAGUUAUUCGCCUUAUAAAUUCAAUCAUGAACUUUGCCGUUCGCGUGCUCCAGUUAUUUAUUGUGACGCUUCUGUAUUUUUCAGCUGUCAAGAGUGCCUACAUACCGAGGGAGGGAGGCAAAAGCACAUAUGACGUGGUGCCAUUCAUGGAGGUGUAUAACAAGUCACUUUGUCGUCCUCGGGAAAUGCUGGUGGAAAUUCAUCAGGAAUACCCUGAUGACAUAGAGCAUAUCUUCAUACCGUCCUGUGUGGUUCUCACCCGCUGUGCUGGGUGCUGUAAUGAUGAAAUGUUGGAAUGCACCCCCACCAUCACAUACAACAUUACCUUGGAGAUUAAAAGAGUGAAACCACUCCGUCAGCAAAGUGACUUUUUCAUGAGUUUUGCAGAACACAGUGAAUGCCAGUGUCGGCUGAAAAAAGAUCUUCCAGAGAAAAGAGAAAAAAAACCCCGGAAGGGCAAAGGCCAAAAGCGAAAGAGAAAGAAAAACCGUGAAAAAAAGCGGGAUUUUAGUCAGUGUGAGCCUUGCUGUUCUACAUGCUCUGAAAGGAGAAAAAAGUUGUUUGUUCAAGACCCAGAGACGUGUCAGUGCUCCUGUAAACACUCUGAAGCCGACUGCAGGUCUAGACAACUAGAACUCAACGAAAGGACCUGCAGAUGUGACAAACCAAGGAGGUGAACCGAACAGACUUGAGAAUGGACUCUGACAUGAAGGAAUUUUUCACCAGUAAUUCACAGCACUUUGAACUUUCAGCUUUGAACUUUGGUCUCAUUUUUCCAUCACGGAGAUAUUGAGAGAAUGAAGUGAAGGGGUUUGGGGGAGGUGGGGGGUUAAUAGUCAAUGAAAUGGUCUGUCUGUAUAUUUUCAUGAUUUUCAUGUGUGUAUUAAGCGAACCGAGAGACUGAAAGCACAGGAUUUGAUUUGCUGCUAAAGGGUCUUCGCAAAAGACCUACGUAAAUGUUUCUGAUCUUGGCUGGCGUGCGUAAAGUCGGACGUACUCGAAAUCAAAGUCAUACUCAACGAAUCACAUCACUGGAUUUGGGUCUGCUGUGCAGUUUUUCAUUUGAAUCGAAAUGUAAACGAGAUCAAACAAAACAUUUGGAGGACUGCAACAAUGCGUCAGCGUCCAUUACGCGCUGUGGAAUCAUUCCUCCCAGUACAUGAACACUGAGCACUAUGCGUGUUUUAAGAGAUGGAUAAAUGACUGGAGUUUUGAUGGUAGACAGAACUGAAUCUGCCGUUGGAAUGUCACACAGUGAUACCAUGGAAACCCGCUGGCCGCUGUGGUAAAUGUUUGCACCAGAGCUCUGACCUUGACGAGGCAAACCCAAGAGGAUUUUGGUCAUAUUCACUCCUUAAAGGGAUAUUCAUUCAAUAUAUGACAUAUUUGGAAACCACUUUGAGUAGAUCGUGUGAUUAGGUUCCAUGCUUUCACACUACUGGGGAUUUAAGACAAUGAUUUUGUGCUAGGUUUUUCGUUGUCGUUCAGCUAGUCUUGGAAUUUUCGUCCAAAUCUAUUCCCCCAAACAAUUCAGUAAUUUAUGAUUUUUUUAAAUUUUUUUUUUAGAAUAUUUUCAGUAUUCUAUCUCUUUGUAUUUAAUUUGACCUAUUUAUGUGCAGUGUUAAGAUGGAUCUUCUUGGCCUCUGCAAAGCUCCAUGGCUGUCUGGAGCAAAAAAGCUUUUCAUCCUAUUUUAUUUUCCGUAGAUGAACAGAGAAACAUUCCUAUUACUGAUCAUUGAGUUAUGUUGCCAACUGCCUUGACUUUGCCGCCUUACUGCAGAUGUGUGUGUGUGCCGUGUGAUCUCUAACAAACUGUGUAAAUGUGAUUUUGUGUGCAAACGAGGCUAGUGUUUGUGUGUGUGCAUGUGUGAGUACGUUUUGGCAAAACAGUCUUGAUGUCAGUGUGUGACAUACGUAUUGAAUAACAAUAUAGCAGCCAAAUGUAUAUAUAGGCCAAACCAAUGUCACCAUUUACUUCUACUAUAAUAAGAUCUAACAAGCUGAAACAGUAUGCUCAAAUGUGGUCUGAUUUGGAGUUUUACAGUUUAAACAUUAUUUAUUUACUCCAUGUAAAUAUGUUGAAUAUUAACAUCUUUUUGUGUCUAUGUAAUGUAGUACAGCAUAUUUAUUUUCAAAUUAUAUUGCCUUUUUCUAUAAAA